ACUGUACUAACUCUCUGGAGGCUAGUAAACUCCGAAUCGUGAAGCAGCCUACGUUCGAUCCAAACACCCUACUUACGCAUACCACUUUGCAUCGCAUACCACUUUGCAUCGCAUCGUUGCAGUUCGCAGAGGCGCUUUGGCUUCGCGUCGACCCACGUUGUUGCAAAGGAGUCCACAUACCGACUGUUUAGUUUCCCUUUUGGUCGCUCCGGAACUUCGAUGAUGCUCUCUCUGGUCUUCAGUACCAUUGUCAUCGUAUGGACUACAUCUGUCGUUGCGCGCGGUGAGGCGGGGUUUUACCCUGCCUGUACUAGAUGCGCUCACACGGAUGUCGCAUGUCUCAGUACAUGCACCACUAGCACGUUCCUUCUCCAGAUCACGAACGUUGAUUCUAUCAAUAAACAGGCUUUCGGUGAUGUUCUCUGUCAGGCCAGCGUUACUGACAUCGUAACAGCCGCAGGUAAUGGUUCUGCUCAGAGUCCCAGCGCUGGAUCUACCCAAAACACAGGGCUGCCAAACAGCCCCGCCCGCAGUGGAGGGGCGAACACGGGUCAAUUGAACCCCCAACCCGAUCAGAACACAGUCAUUGCUGGGACCGCAAACCAGGGUGCGACGGUGGCAAAUCCAUCGGGAGGUGGGGUUGUCCCAGGGCUAGGUGGAACAGGCGAUGCAAUUGGUUUGACUCAAGGAAAUCAGAAUCAAAAUCCCGGAGGAUCUGGAGGUCUCGGGCAAGGUCAAGGUGGAACAGGCGAUGCGACUGAUUUGACUCAAGGAAAUCAGAACCAGAAUCCCGGAGGAACUGCAGGUCUCGGGCAAGGCCAAGGUGGUUCUGGUGGACAACUCGCACAACCCGUUCUACCCCCAAUUGGUGGUAGUCCUCCAAAUCAGGAUACGAACCCGCCUGCAGGUUCUUCACACGAAGAUUCAACUUCGGAUGUGACAAACCCGUGGUGGCUCUCAGGAAGCGCUGCCGGCGGAGACCCGGAUAUUGCGAUAUCGAUCUUCACAUCGCAAAGAAAUGCGCAAUGUUUCCGAAACAAUGGGUUCGAUCUAUUCCAAAACGGUACUUGUUUCUAUUGUAGCGCCGGACGGAAGUGGGUCAAUCCUGGUUUGGCAAUCACCAAUGAAGCUGCGGUCAGGAAUGGUUUCAACGGCACACUUGAUGAAGAGGGGGGGGGAACCAUGAAGACUCGCCUCUAUAGUCUCGAUGGAGUCACGAUAAACAAAACGCUCGUCUGGUUUUCCGCGAAGACCGCUUUCCAGACGCCCGCUUGUUUGGAUAUUCGGCAAGGGGAGGUUUUUCAAAUAGACUUCAACUUCGACACAAUACCUCGAAAGAUUUUCAAAGUUAAUGUCGCAAACAAUCUGGAUUUGAUCGUUGGUUUUAUCGAAUGGCGGAGUGUGCUUGAUAUUUAUAUGUGGGAAUUCAGUGCCAGCCAACAUUUCAUCGUACCUCAAGAAAAUCGAGAGCACCCGGCAUGGGUAUGGGAUGCACCGGCUGGGUCAGGAAUAGAGAUUCUAGAGCGCACCAGCGGACGCUGCCUGGAUAUAGGAGGGAUCGAUCUGUUCAAUAAUGGUUUGAAUCUGAUGACUGUCUUUUGCGACGUGACCCCCCACGGUAAACUGUUUCUAGUUGACACUGAACGUCCCCGUCUUCGCGAUAGGUACCUGCUUCACUUGCGGCUUGUUUUUCGGCUGGGCGUCGCCACACGCGCUUGUGCCUCACCUCGACGCGCAACUUUCCUACAAAUGGGAUGGCACCGCGCAGCGACAGCUUGGACAAGGUCCAUUCCUCAAAGCGAACGAAAUAGGGGCAACAGAGGCCUAUGUGAGGCCCAUCGCACCAACGGCGGGCGGUGAUGGGGCUUGGCGCCCUGUGUGUCUCGAUGGCGCAGUCAGUGUAAUGGAAGAGGACAUAUCAAAGCCCGGAAGUCGGAGUCCAAAUCAAUUAUCUGGAGGAGUGUUCUCAGGCGUCACAGGGGUAUACGACUUCGAUACUAGAUUCGG